AUGUCGGCCUUUGUGCGCGUCUCAGGCCCGCCCAACAGCAACUUUCUCGUCGGCUACCCGGGCAUAUCAGCUACGCUUCCUCGAAUAGAAGGCAAAGUAGAGAUCCGGCCACUCGUCGGUGUCUCAGCGCCUGUGAAUAUCUCGCUUGUCACCAUUGCCUUGCACCGUCGCGAGACGAUACAUCCCUCCGCCGACUCGGUCACGAAGAAGCACUUGGCAGCCCCGCGCAAGGAGAUCACCGACAUUGUGGGCAAGGAAAUGCUGCUGUAUCGAUGUGCGCCGGGGCGAGAGCAUGAAAGCAUAUUGUGCAUGGACCUGCCGUUCGUCAUAUUUAUACCAUAUGGACGCGGUGGUGAGGAGGUGGCCCGGAGAGUACCGCCUGCAAGCUUACAGCUGCCGAGUCGCACGGCUGAGACGUUUUACGAACUGGUCGUGACGGUGCAGCAGGGACCGCAGGAGCAGAAAAAGUACCCGUUUGCUGUGCCCAUCCAGCGUUAUGACACCCUGUCUACCUUUGGCAUGUACAACCGGCCUGAAAGCGCCGAACGGGUGACGGACCAUCUCGUCACUCUUGGAAUAAGCUUGCCGCGUUGGAGUUACGGCCCGCUCGAUCCGGUUUCAGUGUAUAUCAAAUUGAGUCCAAACCCGGACUGGCUUAACAAGGCAAAACGGGUCACAAUACAAAAGAUUACGGUCGGCAUAGACGAGGAGAUCAUCUUCAAUCACGAGGGCGAUGAACCGACACGCAAGGUCAAGACGUUGGUGAAGACGACACAGGCAGUCGGCGUCAAGAUGCCCGAAGCGGGUUAUUUCACCAAUCUAGGACUUGUCUUCCCGGCAAAAGAUCUACGGGACAGCGCAGGGGUCAUACCCAGAGGACAGAAAGAAUUUCCCAUGUAUGCUGUAAAUGGCUUCACCACGACGGGAACCCUGUACAAGAUUGAGUAUUAUCUUACAGUCAAGGCCCAGAUGUCGUCGGCACGAGAUAUCUUACUCCGGCAGCCCAUUGUUGUAUGUCCAUUCGAUCACGCUGGCUGUAAAGAAGAGAUGGAGGCCAUUGAACAAGCUGCCAAGGAUGCCGCACACGUUGCGCCUGACAAUCCUAUGCUUCCUGCCAGUACCAUUGUUCGAUCCAACGACCCAGAUGGUUUACGCGCUUUGGGAAUCUCCAUUGUAGGGGGCGUACGAAAACCACUGAUUGAGUGA